AUGGUGAGGGUCCAGGAGGCGCUGCUGGAGGGCUUCUUGGCCUUCCGCCGAGUUUCAGACGGCGCAGUCAAGUGGAUGCACAUCCACACCUUCUGCCAGGAUGGCUGGGUGGACGGCCCGGUGGACCGGCCCCUAAUGGGCGUCUUCUGGUGCGGGCGGAUGGAGGCAGAGAGCCAGGCGCCGCAGCUGGCGCGGCAGCUGCUGCAGUGGGAGGCGAAGCUGCGCGCCGUGUGA